AUGCCGUGCCGGAGGGAGGAGGAAGAGGAAGCCGGCGAGGAAGAGGAGGAGGAGGAGGACAGCUUCCUACUGCUGGAACAGUCGGUGACUGUGGGCGGCUCGGUUGAGGUGGACCGGCUGGUGGCCCAGAUCGGCGAGACGCUGCAGCUGGACGCGGCGCGGGACCGCCCUGCCUCCGCGUGCGCGCCCCCGGGGCCGCCACUGCAGCCCCCGCGGCCCCCGGCGGCGGUGCGAGCGGACAAGGCCCGGUCCCCAGCGCAGCCGCUGCUUCUACCGGCCGCGUCGGUCGAGGCUGGGGGUCCAGCGCCCCCGGGGUCCUGGCGCUGUGCCCUCGGGGACCGCGGCCGCGUGCGGGGCCGCGCUGCGCCCUACUUUGUGGCCGAGCUUGCCGCAGGCCCCAGCGCACUGUCCCCAUUGCCCCCUCAGCCCAGCCUUGAUGGGCCUUUGGGAGCAGACAAGCGGGGCUCCCCGCAGCCGCUGUCGGGCCCUUGCCGGCGAGGUUGGCUGCGGGACGCCGCCGCUUCCCGCCGCCUCCAGCACCGACGCGGGCUACAGCCUCCAGCCCGCAACGGCGACGACGACCCGCACCGGCUUCUGCAGCAGUUGGUGCUCUCGGGGAACCUCAUCAAGGAGGCCGUGCGGAGGCUUCAUUCGCGACGGCUGCAAUUGCACGCAAAGCUCCCCCAGCGCCAGCUCCUGGGCCCUCUGUCGGCCCCAGUGCAUGAGCCCCUUUCGCCCCGCAGCCCUCGCGCGGCCUGCAGCGACCCCGGCGCGUCCGGGAGGAGGGCGCAGCUCAGAACAGGCGACAGCGUUCUAGUCCCCGGCAGCUAACACCUCGAGAGUGGCCACUGAGCCAGCCUCUGCCUGAAGGGCAAGGGGUUCCCCUGAGGGCUAUGUCUCUACUCAAACUGGUGAAGUCGCACUUCUGGAGGCGGGAAAAUACCUUAUGUGAAGAUGAGGAAUCGAAAAAUUGAGAAUGUGUUCGCGAGAACUGAGGUCGAGGGCCCCAACGUGGUUGGGUUCGUUGGUCCCACUGAAGGCAGAUUACAGAGUGUACCCUAAGCUCGCAGUCACGAGGACUCCUCAUUGGUGUGACCAGCCCCGGUGGCGCAGCGUGCGGUUCCACGCAGCCUCUGGGGUCCUCCAGCCCGGCAACCAUGUGGCCAGAGCCCAUGCUUCUCAGGAUCGCGGAGCGCCCAAAGGACAAGGAUGAUCCCAGUUACUUGCUUUACCUUUCCAAGGCUGGUUCCUGAUUCACUUUAGGAGAGGGGAACAUUUGUAGAUCAUUUAAGGGAGUACCUCAAACUGCCCGACUUGAAAUUUUACAACACUUAAAAAAAAAACAACACCUAUCUCGUGUGUUUUGAGGUGCUUGUUCUUGGUAUAAAACACGCGGCACCGUGAAAGGACCUUUUGGAGAGCUGAAUAGAAGUAACCUUUUCUCUGCACACUCCCACCCCCACCCGCUUUGCUACCGUCGGCGUUUCUCAGAGCGGCGGGGGCAGGCGGAGCACCUGGGAUGCUAAUUGGACGUGGGGGUUAGAGGUCCUGGGGAAAGGUGAGGACGCGGCGCUGAGAGAACCCGCCGUCCUCUUGAAUGUGUGUUUUCAGUCUGUCCGCCCCUCCUCGGGUUCAAGGUCACCAUUUCCUGGGCGCAAACGAGAUUGCGGGGCUCUAGCAGGACAGAGUCGCCCGGUUCUGCCUGUACUCGGAGUAGUGCGCGGUGUUUUGCAAGUGCUGGAGUCUCCUGAGGACACGGGCACCGCUGCCACCGCGGGUUGAGGGAGGUGGCGACGUGCUAGGCGCCGGUGCCUCCUGCGGGCGGCCGCGCCCCGGGCUUUCACGGAAACUGCCCGGAGAAGUGGCCUCGAGUCCCUCCUCUUCCCCUCCGCCCUGCUGUCCAACUCUAGCUGGUGGCGCUGCCGCUCCUGGGGGCCCAGGCUGGGGGCUGGGAGACACCACGUGAUGGGGCACUCCAGGGACACACCGCCUAGCGCAGCAGCUUAUAAUGGGCUCUCCGGGGCCAUUUGCAAUAACAGCUGCAAUUCCCUGGAUAGAUGGAGUUGAUUUCCUCCCUCUGCCCCUCCCCCCAGCCGUGCCAGCUUGCCUUUGUAAGUGAAGGAAACCGAGUAAAAAAAUGUGACCCUCCGAAUGGAGAAGCUGCAGGAUUUGCCAUUGUGAACCUGGUGAAGUGCUCGUAACACAACGUUAACGCAGUCUAAAGGCUCUAAGACGGUAUUGUUGAUGUUUUAGUUUUAUAAGAUUCAAUGGCAUGUUCGUCAUCCAGAUGUGGCUAUUGACAUACCUACACUUCGCACCGGAGUGUUUGGAAUUGUGGCUAUCCUGAUUAUAGGAUGUUAACUUAACUGAAAUAUCUGUUUUUAAUAAAUGUGUUGGGUUUUU